AUGGUUCUCAACUUAAAUAAUAACUCAUUUACUGGUGCACUUCCUAUGGAAAUUGGAAAUAUUCCACCAUCUAUUACUUCUUUGAAAGGUUUGGGAGUAUUAAAUCUUUCUAGUAAUAACUUGUCUGGUACAAUACCAAAAGGCUUGGAGAAUCUGGAUCUCACUUUAUUGGAUUCAUCAUAUAAUAAUCUAGAGGGAGUGGUACCAAAAGAUGGAGUGUUUAAGAACAUGAGUGCAUUCUCAAUAAAAAGGAAUAAUAAGCUCUGUGGUGGCAUACCUGAGCUGAAGUUGCUGAAUUGCUUUGUGCCAAUAAACCCAAAUGUGGCGGGGAAAUCAAAGAAGGUAAAACUUAUAACAAUAAGCAUAGUUAUUGCGGUUUUACUUUUAACUAUGGGUGUGUUUUCUCUCUAUAUGUAUUGGAGAAGGAAGUCAACAAAAAGACUGCCUUUGAAUACUAUUAUAGACUUGGGCAAUCGGUACAUGGGAGUUUCUUAUAAUGAGCUUUUCAAAGCUACCAAUGGAUUUAAUAAUUCUACCAACUUGCUUGGUGUGGGAAGUUUUGGUACUGUAUUUAAGGGUAUUCUACAUCAAGAUGAAUCAAGACCAGUUGCAGUUAAGGUUCCACACCUUCAUCAAAAAGGUGCAACCAAGAGUUUCAUGGCUGAAUGUGAUGCCCUGAGAAAAGUUAGACAUAGAAAUUUACUCAAGAUCGUAACUUGUUGUUCGAGUAUUGAUUUUCAAGGUAACCCUUUCAAAGCUCUAGUUUUUGAGUUCAUGGCUAACGGUAAUUGUUGGAAAAAAUUGGAGAAUUGGUUGCACCCGGUUAUAAGUGAUACAAACAAUGACGAUCAGUUACAAGAGAAGAAUUUGAAUCUAGAAAGAAGAUUGAGCAUCGCAGUCGAUGUUGUUGCUGCAUUAAAUUAUCUUCACCAUGAUUCUGAAUCACCCAUUGCGCAUUGUGAUGUGAAGCCAAGUAAUGUCCUUCUUGAUGAUGAUUUAACUGCUCAUGUGGGUGAUUUUGGCCUGGCUAAAUUCCUUUUGAAUCAUUCAAGUUCUUCUAGACAACUGAAUGAACAAGACGCAAGCUCAAUUGCAAUAAAGGGAUCCAUAGGUUAUGUAUCUCCAGAAUAUGGAAUGGGUGGAGAAGUGUCACCAGAUGGUGAUGUGUAUAGCUAUGGGAUUCUUUUGCUAGAGAUGUUUACAAGAAAGAUGCCAACUGAUGAUAUGUUUAAAGAUGGCUUAAAUAUUCAUAACUUCUCUAAGAUGCAUGAGUUGCCAGAACGCGUUGAAGAGGUUAUCGAUUCACGUUUGUUGUCUGAAUUAAGUGAAGAUCAUGACGACACUGGAAUUUCCUAUUACAAUAUAUUGAGGGAUGAAAGAAGAGACAUAUAUAGAAAUAAAAUGAGACAAAUCUUGGCUUCUAUAAUUCAAAUUGGAGUCAAAUGUUCUUCAGAGUUACCUUCAGAUAGAAACAAGAUGAAUGAGGUUGUUGUAAAUGUCCAUGCGGUUAAAAGUCAGUUUCUGGGUAUCCGAUCGUAACUAGAGAAUAUAACUCAUUAACCUGUUUUUUUUUUUAAGUUACAUUACCCUGUUUUGUCCCCUAAUAACAGUUAAUCUGGUGGGCCCU